GAAAGUGAGGAUGGCAUUGAGGGAGAUGCUGUGCUCUCUGACUACGAAAGCGCCGAGGACUCGGAGGCAGAGGAAGAGGACUACAGCGAGGAGGAGAGCUCCAAGGUGGAGCUGAAGCAGGACAGCAAUGACUCCUGCGAGUCAGCGGCGCGGGCGGAGAAGGGGGAUGAGAAGGCCGAGCCCAAGGGAGCAGUGACCGGCGAGAGGCAGAGUGGGGAUGGACAGGAGAGCACGGAGCCCGUGGAGAACAAGGUGGGGAAGAAGGUGCCCAAGCACCUGGACGACGACGAGGACAGGAAGAACCCUGCGUACAUCCCACGCAAGGGGCUCUUCUUCGAGCACGACCUGCGCGGGCAGACGCAGGAGGAGGAGGUCAGGCCAAAGGGUCGUCAGAGGAAGCUGUGGAAGGACGAGGGACGUUGGGAACACGACAAAUUCCGGGAGGAUGAACAGGCCCCCAAGACCAGGCAGGAGCUGAUUGCUCUGUAUGGCUAUGACAUCCGCUCGGCUCACAACCCUGACGAGAUCAAACCCAGGAGGAUGCGCAAACCACGGUUUGGGAGUCCUCCGCAGCGAGACCCCAACUGGUCCAACGAGAGGCCCAGCAAGCCCCCGAGGCACCAGGGCACAGAGGCCCCCCCACGCACCUUCAGCAGCCGCAGCUCGGCAG